AUGAUGGAGUCGCUUCUUAAAAACCUCAAAGAACAUGUAACAUGUUCGAUUUGUCUGGAUACUUACACCAAACCCAAGACCAUUGCUUGCCUUCAUACGUUCUGCUGUGAAUGCCUGGAGCGACAUGCCUUAACAAGCCAAAAACAAGGGUUUUAUCGAUGCCCCGAGUGUCAGGCACAAAUUCGCAUCCCCGAAGGAAAGCGUUUUGAUAAUCUGCCAAGCAGUUUUCUGCACAACAGUUUGUUGAGUCUUCUUGCUGUUCGACGCAGUAGCGAAGGAAGCGAGAUCAGCUGUGGUACAUGCCAGAAGAAGAGCGCUGAGAUCAACUACUGCUUUGAUUGCGAGAAGUUUAUGUGCCCAGACUGUGUGAAAGCACACGAAGUGUUUCGAGAUACUAUAUUUCAGGGACACAAAGUCACACCAGUCCGACAGUUUCAAGCUGCAGACUACGAGGCCUUGUUGAAACGGCAAUCGUUUUGCUCGGAGAAGUACCAUGAGAAAGAGGUAACGAGGUUUUUCUGCGUGGGAUGUCAAAGCUGUGUUUGUCAAGUUUGUAUUAACACAGAUCACAAAAGCCAUGAUGUUGUUCCGCUUGAAAAGGCAGCAGACGAUGAAAAAGCAAACAUCACUGCUCGAGCCGAGCUUGUAAAAGAGAAGAAAGAGGUCUGCCGAGAUGUUAUUCGUGAAUUUGAGAAGACGGAGCAUGAGAUAGAAACAAACAUUAGCACAGCUAAACGCCGAGUUUCCCAAGCAACCGAACAGAUGAUGGGAAAACUUCGCCAACUGGAGCGUGAAGCCAUUACUACCCUCGAGAAGUCUCGCGUGUCGAGGAUUGCGAAGUUACAUUCUGGAAAAGCAUCGGUUGUGUCUUUUGAAAAGCAACUUGACCAAGCAUUUGAGUUCAGUAACAACCUAGUUGAGAGGAGCUCAAGCUCAGACAUAAUGCAAAAUAAGAAAAAUGUAGAGGAACGAAUCGAAGACCUCAUCAAGACUACAAUGCCAGCACUUCCGGUUAGCUCGUGUGUGGAGUUUGUGUCGACAUGUGAACCAGAGAGUUUGAGUCUGGGAUUUACGAAAUUCAGCGAAACAGAUGUGCAAGGAUCGACCGUGGAAGGCUUGGAUCAGAAUUUUCAAGCUGGUGUAGAAGCAGAGCUGCUGAUUUGUCCCAAAACAAGCGAAGGAGAAAUCAGAAACACUCAGCACACAGAUCGUGUUGAAAUACACGUAGACCCUGCUGAUCAAGUAAGGAGUUUGGUGACGAGUGAAAAAGAAGAUGAAUGUUUCCAGGAAAAAUUUGUGGUGAAAGUACCAGGUACAUAUAAAAUAGAAGUUAAGGUAAACGGACAGCGACUUGUCAAGAGUCCUUUUACUAUUCUGGUCAAGGCACGAGAGUUAAAUGUUGUAGGCAAGUUGGACUUUCAGGGAGAAGUGCUUCAGUUUCCAGCCGGCAUUGCUGUGAACAGUAAAGGUGUUAUUGCUGUGGCUGAUUAUAGUGGUCACUGUAUCCUGGUAUUUGAUGAGACAGGAAAGUUUGUCCGAAAAAUUGGUGGUCAAAGUGACAAGGGUGGGCAAUUUGAGAGUCCGAUUGACGUCAUAUUCCUCAACGAUGACGAGAUUCUAGUGGCAGAUGAACGUAAUCACCGAAUACAGCAGUUGAAUGUACAGACAGGGAACUUUGUGAAAAGCUUUGGAAAAGAGGGAAGUGGAAAUGGAGAGUUAAAGAAACCUACAAGCGUUUGUAUCACAAGUGAUGGACGUUUUAUCGUUGUAGCGGAUCAGGAUAAUAGCAGAAUUCAGGUGUUUACAAUGGAUGGUGAACCUGUGUUUAAGUUUGGAGAAAGCGGCCUCAAAAGGCUGGAUCAUCCGUUCAGCUGCGUUUGUUACAAGGAAAAGUUCUUUGUAUCUGAGUUAAAAAAUAACUGGGUGAAAGUGUUUGAUGGGAAAGGACAGUUUUUGUACAAGUUUGGAAAAAAAGGAAACGGUGAUGAACGGUUGAUUCUGCCGAGUCGCUUUUGCGUUGACAAGUAUGGAAAUCUCCUCGUAUGUGACCCGAAACAUAGACGCAUUCAACAGUUUUCAUUGGAGGGAAAUUUUAGCGGCGAGACAAGUGCUAAGGUAAACCUAAUGUUACCUGUGUGUGUUACCACAAUGCCAGAUGAUCGGAUUUUAAUCUCUGAUUUCUAUGAGAAAGAAGUAAAAAUUCUGAAAUAA